UUCACUCUGUGUCAUAGACGGUUAAGUUUCAGUCCGUGUGCGCGUGGGUGUCUUCUCUCCAUCUAAGACAGUAAUACAUCUGGAGUCACAGAUGGAGUCUGAGUUGGAGUUGCAGCUUGAAUUAUAUCAGGAUUCACAGCUGGAGAAGGGUGCCCAGUUGGAGUCACAGCUGGAGUCACAUCGGGAUUCACAGCUGGAUCUAGGGGCCAAGCUGGAAUCAAAGCUGGAGUCACAUCUGGAUUCAUAUCAGGAUUCACAGCAGGAGCAGGGGUCAGAGGUGGAGUCACAGCUGGAAUCAUAUCGGGAUUCACAGCUGGAUCUAGGGGCCCAGCUGGAGUCACAGCUGGAUUCAUAUCAGGAUUCACAGCAGGAGCAGGGGUCAGAGGUGGAGUCACAGCUGGAAUCAUAUCAGGAAUCACAGCUGGAUCUAGGGGCCCAGCUGGAGUCACAGCUGGAAUCAGAUCGGGAUUCACAGCUGGAUCUAGGGGCCCAGCUCGAGUCACAGCUGGAAUCAUAUCGGGAAUCACAGCUGGAUCUAGGGGCCCAGCUGGAGUCACAGCUGGAGUCACGUCUGGAUUCAUAUCAGGAUUCACAGCAGGAGCAGUGGUCAGAGGUUGAGUCACAGCUGGAGUCAUAUCGGGAAUCACAGCUGGAUCUAGGGGCCCAGCUGGAGUCACAGCUGGAGUCCCUGCUGGAUUCACAUCAGGAUUCACAGCAGGAGCAGUGGUCAGAGGUUGAGUCACAGCUGGAGUCAUAUCGGGAUUCACAGCUGGAUCUAGGGGCCCAGCUGGAGUCACAGCUGGAGUAACAGCUUGAGUCACAGGAAGUGCAAGCUAUUAAACUAAGGGUGUAAUGCAUGCUUUAGCACCCUUGUAGAACUGAUCAUUAGCAGGGCCUCACACUCGGUCUAACUCCUUCCAGGUACGCAGUAGUGAUGGCCAGAUGAAGCCUCAUA